UUAUGUAUUGAAUAUGAAUGUACAUUUAAUAUAAUUAUUACGUGGAUUUCUGUAAUAUUUACAUUUUUUACUUUCAGCCAUAAACAUGAUGCUGCGAAAUCCCUGGUUUCCAGUGGAGCGAAUGUUAACAAGCAGGACUCAUCAAGCAACAACCCUCUCCAUCUUGCUGUAGAGGAGAACUGUAAAGAAGUAGUCGAAGUCCUGUUGAGUAGUAAAGGAAAUAACAUUUUACAGGUCAAUCAACGAAAUAAUGAUGGUUGGACACCCCUACAUCUUCCCUGUCUACGUGGACACACAGACACUGUUAAACUUCUACUACAACAGAAUGACACUGAUGUUAGUGCUGUGGACAAUGAUGGUAACACACCUUUACAUCUGGCCUCUCAAGAUGGACACACAGUCACUGUUAACCUUCUACUACACCAGACUGGCACUGAUGUCAACGUGGUAGACAAUGAUGGUGACACAUCUCUACAUCUUGCUUGUCUCAAUGGACAUACAGACAUUGUUAAACUUUUACUACAGCAAACUGGAACUGAUGUCACUGCGGUGGACAAAUACGAUUGGACACCUCUACAUCUAGCCUGUUUGAAUGGACACUCAGACAGUGUCAAACUUCUCCUACAACAGACUGGCACUGAUGUCAGGGUAGUGGACAAUGAUGGCGACACACCUCUACAUCUGGCUAGUCAAGAUGGACACACAGAUACUGUUAAACUUCUGCUACAACAGAAUGGCACUGAUGUCAGUGUAGUGGACAAUGAUGGCGACACACCUCUACAUCUGGCUUGUCAAGAUGGACACACAGAUACUGUUAAACUUCUGCUACAACAGAAUGGCACUGAUGUCAAGGUGGUGAACAAUGAUUGUCAGACACCUCUACAUAUGGCCUGUCUGAAUGGUCACACAGACAGUGUCAGACUUCUGCUACAACAGACUGGCACUGAUGUCACGGUGGUGGACAAUGAUGGCUGGACACCUUUACAUCUGGCCUAUCGGAAUGGACACACAGACACUGUUAAACUUCUGCUACAACAGACUGGCACUGAUGUCAUGGUAGUGGAUAAUCAUGGCUGGACACCUUUACAUCGGGCCUCUUAUAAUGGACACACAGACACUGUUAAACUUCUGCUGCAGCAGAAUGGUACUGAUGUCAUGGUUGUAGAUAAUAAUGGUAACACACCUCUACAUCUAACCUGUUUAAAUGGACACACAGACACUGCUGAACUUCUGCUACAACAGAAUGGCGCUGAUGUCACGGCGGUGACCAAAGAUGGUUGCACACCUCUACAUCUUGCCUGUCUGAAUGGACACACAGACAUUGUUAAACUUUUACUACAACAGAAUGGCACUGAUGUCGAUGUGGUGGACUAUGAUGGCGACACACCUGUACAUCUGACCUGUCUGAAUGGUCACACAGACACAGUUAAACUUCUACUAGAAGAAACUGACACUGACGUCACUGUAGUAGACUAUAAUGGUAACACACUUUUACAUCUGGCCUGUAUGAAUGGACACAUUGAAACGGUUAAACUUCUACUAGAAAAAUCUGGCAUUAAUGCCAAUGUGAUGACCAAUGAUCACUACACACCUUUACACCUGGCCUGUCAGGCUGGGCACGCAGACACUGUUAAACUUUUACUAGAACGAACUGGCUCUGAUGUCAGUAUGGUUGCCGGAGAGGGUUGGACACCUCUACAUCUGUCCUGUAUGAAUGGACACACAGACAUUGUUGAACUUCUACUACAAGACACUGGCACUAAUGUCAGUGAAGUGGACAAUGUUUAUGAGACAUGUCUACAUCUCUCCUGUCGAUAUGGACACACAGACACUGUUAAUUUUCUACUACAACAGACUGGCAUUGAUGCUAAUGCUGUGACCAGAAAUGGUUGCACACCUUUACAUCUGUCGUGUCUGAAUGGACAUACAGACAUUGUUAAGUGUCUACUACAACAUAAGCACACUGAUAUUAGUGUGGUGGCCAAAGAUGGCUGGACACCUUUACACCUGGCUUGUAGGCAUGGCCACACAGACACUGUUAAACUUCUAAUACAACAGACUGGCAUUAAUGUCAAUGCCGUGGCCAGAAAUGGUUGCACAUCUCUACAUCUGCUCUGUCUGUAUGGACACAUGGAGACCGCUGAACAUCUACUACAACACACUAACAUUAAUGUCAGUGUGGUGGACAAAGAUGGUUGGACACCUCUGCAUCAGGCCUGUCUGAAUGGACACACAUAUACUGUUGAACUUCUACUACAACAAGAUGGCAUUGAUGCCAAUGCGGUUGACAAUAAUAGUAACACACCUCUACAUAUAGCAGUUCAAUGGCAACACUAUGCUGUGGUAACUUUGAUGCUGUCCCAGGAUUCCAUGAAACUGAAUGUUAGGAACCAUAAGAAAAUGACACCAUUCCUUGAAGCCGUCUCCGGGGGCCACCUCGGAAUGAUUAACUAUUUAAUUUCACGGGGAGCAGACGUAAAUGCUGUCGACAAUGAUGGCAACAAUUGUUUGCACCUUACUGUGGAGAGAAAGAUGUUUCAUUCUGAGGUGGAAACCAUAGCUACUUUAGAUAAGUACUGCACUAAGCUGAAAUUGAGACAAGGAUGCAGGUGCAGCGGCGCAGUGGUUGCCAGUUAUCUGGCCCAACACGGGGGUGACUUUUAUCAUAAAAACAAAAACGGUGUGUCUCCACUGGACCUAGUUAAGAAUGAAAAUUUGAAAGAAAAAUUAAAGAAAUUAUUCCCAUCACUACUAUGUCGAUGGUGUGAAACUAAUGAGGCCCUGGUGAUAUUUGAACCUUGUGAGCAUAUUGUGUUAUGCAGAGAAUGCUGUCCAAAGAAUUCACCUAAACGAUGCCUCGUGUGUCGGCAAAUUGUUAUAUGCAAAAAUAGAUUUGCUGGACCAAAUUUGUUAGACAAGGAAGUCCAGACGGUGGCAGAGCCAGUUGAUGUGUCACAGCCUACACGCAGGACAUCCACGCUACGUCAGAUGACUUCAUACUUUAUGAAGAAGAUCCGGAAAGUGUUACAGCCUACACCCAGUACACCCAGCACAUCAGAUGUACCCAGUACACCAAGCACAUCGGAUGUACCCAGUACACCCAGCACAUCGGGUGUACCCAGUACAUCUGGUACACACAGUACAUUUGGUACACACAGUACAUCUGGUACACCCAGCACAUCCAGUUCAUCACAGAAAGUUGAGAGUCCAGAGCUGACGGUGAACCAUCUCAAUAAUGUGGCAAAAAGGUUAGGAAAUAAAUGGCAGCAAGUUGGAAGGGAAUUAGGAGUUAAACAAGUUGACCUGGAAAAUAUCAUGCAGGACAAUCCUUUUAACAGUUUGAAUCAGAGCUUCCAAACGCUGCACAAAUGGUUCAUGGGUUGUCGUCCAGAACAUCGUACAUUUGAAGUAUUGAGGAAAGCUCUGGAGGAAGCUGAGUGCUUUGAAGCACUUGAAUGUCUACCCUCGAAUAUAAUGUGAAUUUCUGCAUAAAUGUUGUUGCUGCUUAAUCCUAGUUCUACCUUGAUCAAACAGAAACUUGUAAUCAAAUGCAUUCCGGCCAGGACCAUCCUGUUUAUAUACUAAAUAUAGAGAACCCAAAACCACAUUCUCCGAUGUGUGGCGAGGUGUGAAUUGAAGAGGAUUUGGCUACUAAUUCUAGCAGGUCUAUCUACCAUAUAGAGCCUCAUUUAAUUGUUUUGCUCCCUUGUUCUUAGAGAUUAACUUACGUUUGUUGUUGUUAUUGUUGUUGUAAGUCCCAGCUUCCGUUGUUAUGUAGGCAGUUUUAAUAUUCUGUGGAGAUUUUCAAAAGCAAAACGUAAAGUGUAAUUCCAUUUUAUGAAACUUGCUAAAAAUGCAUUUUUGCUUUCAAGUAGAAGAACCUCCAUGUCGACACGAUUGUCUGUAAAUUUACUCUUUCUAUUUCUCUCAGCCGCUAUUUUUACAUUAGCCUCCAUCCAAAGUAAUGCAGCUGACCAUUUGAGAAGAAUUGUGUGGGAAGAUAUAUUCCAAUUUGUUUAAACGUCUGUUUCUUUGCCUUGUUGCAUGUAAAGGCAAAGACUGGCUUCACAGGACGUUGGUUGUGUGGUAAAUGGGAAAGGGAAUUCCAUUGAGUUCCAAGUGGUAUUCUAGGGAUUAACAGUCUUGAUCCUCAACCUCAAUAAAAUGAUCAUGUAAGUAGACCAUGAUGUAAGCCUUUGCCAUUCAAUGGCCAUUUCUAACAUCUAAAUUUCUCAAAAGCAUAAUGAGACUUGUUUCUUUAGUUAGAGAAUAUGUGAUAGACGCCCAGAUGGUGUGAGUGUGUUGAAGAACUGAUCAGGUACAGGGCUUCGUUGACAAAACCAUCAUUAAUGACCCUCUGGUUGAUGGGAAGAACUUGAUGUGAUGAAGCAAUUCGUCAAACCUUUUGA